AUGUCCUCGCCUAGCAAGACUUUGAUGAUGAGAGGGAAGAAAGCAAAGGUAGUGGAGGGGAAUGCUCAGCUGCUCUGCAGUGAUGCGCUCACCGAGGUCUUCCACAGGCUGCCUGCCCGCACCCUCGCUUCUUGCAGGAUGGUAUGCAAAUCCUGGAUGUCAUUGCUUUCCGAUGUGCAUUUUGUUCACGAGCACCUGAACCGAAGCCAGCAGAAGUUGCUGCUCUUUGCAAAUGACAGAGCAAAUGAUAGGUCUCUUGCCAUGGUGCUCGCAGACGCCAAUGGAUACAUGUACCAGCUGUCUAGGCCCUUGGUUGCUCAGACCCUGUUUGUGCACAACUCUUGCAACGGCCUGCUCUGCCUAGGUGACAGUAAAGGAGCAGUGGAGUUGCUCAACCCGACAACCGGUGAAUCUCUUGUGUUGCCGAAGCCAAUGUACACUGCAGGAAGCAGCCAAUUCUCAUCAUGCAACUGGCACUGCUUGGGGUUUUGCCCGUCAACUAAGCAACACAAGAUUGCACAUUUUUACCCGGGAGCUCAUGCUGGUUCUCUCGAGGUGCUCUGCGAGAUAUACACUAUUGGAGAUAGAGACUGGAGACAAAUUGGGAGUCUCCGUGGGGCACCAAUUGAUAGAGACCUAUGGAGGGCAUUGUUCUUUGUCUGA